UAGCCUGCUGCGUUUUACCUGUGUGUGGCGAAUCUUCAGAGGAAAUUCAAGUGGAUGUUUAAGGAAACAAUGAGUUCUUCUGGUGCGCUGACAGAAUUCACAACUGGUCCUUUGUAUUUCUUUGACCAGCCAACAAAACGAAUUAAAGGAACACGAAAGAACAUUUUGUAUUUGAAUGAGGCAAAUGAAAGGGCGCAGUUAGAAGAUACAACACAAAGUCGAGAUAAUGAAAACAAAGAAGACAAAGGUGAUGAGCUCACUCAGAGACUGUCAGGUGAAACACGUGGGGAUGGUAAACCUGAUAUCUCAUCUGCAGUCGGAGCUGCACUGAACGUUAAGGACCGUGAUCCGAUGGAUGCAUACAAGCAAGCAGCCCCUCCGUUAUUAAACGAAUUGGCUCGCCUACUUUCACAACAUCAGUGGAAGGCGGUGGGGUGUAUUCCUCACGGGAUUGUAAAUAUUCUGAAUUACUCCUGGAAGGAUCUGACUGCAGGGGAGGCAGAGUACUCGCAAAGGGCGGAACAGACUGACAAACGGAAGUCCAAAGGUUCCCUGAAGUUGGAUCAAGCGCGAUCCCGUCAGGUGUCUGGCAAUGACAAGAGGGAGGCAGGAGAGAGGAACUCGUGUUUGUAGAAAAUGUUGGUCCCUCUGUUGGAAGGCCACAAGUUAGCUUAAAUCCACGCAAGAAAAAGCGCAAACAAAAAUCCAGUAGAGCUCCCAGCUCCACAACCAUCAGCUUCUCCAUGUCAUCCAACAUCUAUAAAAAUCCAGGUUGGUUCGCCCAGCCAAUGCAGCCCUCCUGUGAUGACCCUCAGCUGAUCAGUUUGUGUCAGUGGGUGGUGGAGCGACUCCAGGCGGCAAGAAAUCCUGAAAAACUACAAACAGCUGAAGAGGUCCCGAAAAAGACCCUCAUAAUCCGUCACUAUGGUGAUGCAAAGGCAAGGCUGAAGGACAGGGAUGCAGGGACUAAAGCCCAACUUGCCACUCUAGUCAAUGGGAUCCCCCGGAUACCAAAAGUGAAGCAGCAGGAUCCAGCGCAGCAGAAACUACACUACAGGAUCAACGACGGCUCCUCGUGCAUAUACUACCCGUCUGGUUGCAUGGCAGUAUGCCAGAGCUACUCAGGUCUGCCCUGUGGAGGCUUCUACACCACAGUGUUCAGUGACAGCGAGUGUCCCGUUAUUCUAGCGACUAUCACAGCAUUUGGACACGGGGUUGCUACACACCCUCUUAGCUCUGCCAUUACAGCGGUGUGGGACCAGGAUGGUGGAUUCAAAUGUGACCAUCAUGGGAACAUAAAUAAGGAGUGGAUUUGGCAGACAGGCCGCACACACAGAGAGAAGAUUGUUAUACAGUUGUCAGAUCUAAUCUCUGUGAGGCUGCUCAGUGGUACUUCUGCCACGCUCACCUUCAGGUGUAACAACGAAAGAGUUCAACUUCCUCUAUCUGUCCUGUUUAACAUGAACCAAUCAAAGGAAACGCUUUGUUUGCAGACUGAAGGGCAAUUUGCCUCUGAUGCUGCUCAAGGCCUCCUGCUGACGAGGAAAACAAAAUCCCCUUCUGUGGUCCAAGAGAGCAAGAGGAACCUGACGCUAACACCUUUAAGAGACUUUUUAUCACCAUAUGAUGCCUCGGUGUCUGUGUGCUCCCGGGAGGUCCUCCAGAUGGUCAGAGAGGUGCAGGAGCUGCCAGAACAGUGGAGAAGAGGAGGGCAUAUCGGCAGGGAGCUGAAAAGGCUUCAGCAGAGAGCACGAAACACCCUGGAUAACUGGCUGGAUUAUUAUCGUGUGGCCAUUGGGAUCAAGUGUCCUGACAUAGAGCGGAUGCCAGAUGCCCCACUGAGGACCAGGCUGAGGAGAGAGGUACAGUCAGCUACUCUGCCCUCCCUGAACCCACCUGAGCGGGCAGACGCUAAACCAGUCCAGCCUGAGGAAGCCAGGAAUGAGUUACAGGAGCUGCACAGACAUCUGUCAGCACCAGCAGAAAGAAUGCUGGACUCCUACAUCAAGAUGCCAAGGACACCAAAAAAGCGAACAAAGGAGGAGACCCAUGUCACACAGAUAGGACCUCUUCAAAUUCAUGGCAACAUCAAACUUGAGUCAGUGAUUAUUCCAAACAGUCCAGAUUUGCAGCCCUCUGCUGUCAUCCGCUAUCCAGCCCUGCCAUCCUUCACUCCCUCCAACCCCCUCACAGUGUGCCCUCCUCUGCUGAGAGCUGCCCUGCUGGGGGAGGGUGGACGCAGGCGGUGCUGCUGCAGCGCUACGCUGAUGCCAGUGGUAACAGACCUGGAGUACGAUGCCUUUAUUAUGGGCCAGCCUCCACACAGUCAACAAAUCCUGGUGGUGUGUGUGACUCUGCUGUGCCAACCCAUCCACACACAGGCAGUGCCUGACCAGGAUGUGUUGGAGCAGCUUUACAGGAGGAGGAACAGGCACAGAACCAUGCCCUGUACUCAGUGCCAGAUGGAUUCAUUCCGCCUGGUGAGGUACGAGAUGUCAACAGGAAAGCACAGCUGUGGAAUGGAGAACAUCCUGCUGCAGCAGAGACACAAUGCAGCUCCUGGGAUGGUCCUGAUGUACAUCAGAGGGAAGCUGCUGUUUGUGGGCUACAUAUUCAGGGGUCACAGCUGCUCAGUCAGGGACCUUCAAAAGCAAAUCUCCAGAUCCAGGGGAGACUACAGAUUAGGUCUGAGUCUCCCUUCAGACUACAUGUUCAGUGAUCAAGUGAAUACCCUUGCAGCCACAUUUGCACACAACUCACAAGAUGCAACACUGAAAAGAGGAGAUGACAUAAGACUGACUGCUUCAGUGGAAACGGAAAUGGCCAAUGAGAGAAAAAAAAAUCAAGUUCCUGAGAUAUCACACCAACGACAGAGAGACAUUUGUAUCAAACCAAAAAAAGACUGAUGGGGUUAUAUCUGUAUCGGUCCACUUGAAUUGUAAUCAAACUGCAAACUGCACUGGGCAUUAAGGAGUACACUGGAAACUCUUAGAGGCAUAAUCAUUUACUGCAAAUGUUUAAAUUCACUCUGCCUAAUGGCCUUUUUAUUUUGUUUAAAACAUCAGUAGGAAAUAUGUGUAAUUAUUGUAAUAUUUUUUGAGUGAAUAUGUGCAGAUUUAAUAAAAACACUGAAUUAUUA